AUGUCUUUGGCAUUGUAUUCGCUGACUCUACAGAAGCCCGGGGCCAUUACGGCCUCGAUUGUAGGUCAGUUUUCGGGGAACAGGAACCAGGAGAUUGUGGUUGCCAGAGGUUCGUGGCUGGAGCUGCUGAAACCAGAUCCAAACUUGGGCCAGCUACGGUCGGUAUUAUCGUACAACUGUUUUGGUAUACUACGGUCGUUGCAAACUUUUCGCAUUGCUGGUUCUACGAAGGAUAAUAUCGUCAUAGGCUCUGACUCGGGAAGAAUCGCGAUUCUUGAGUAUGACGAAAAGAAAAAUACUUUCAAGCAAAUCCAUUUGGAAACAUUUGGCAAGACUGGCGUGCGAAGAAUCGUUCCUGGUCAGUAUUUGGCCGUUGAUCCGAAGGGACGCGCGACUAUGAUUGCUUCUGUUGAAAGAAAUAAGAUAGUAUAUGUUUUGAAUCGUGAUGCUCAAUUGAACAUCACUAUUUCAUCUCCUCUCGAAGCUCAUACCGUCAAAUCACUUGUGUAUGCACUGAUUUCCGUUGAUGUUGGUUAUGAUAAUCCUGUAUUUGCAGCAAUUGAGUGCGAUUAUGAUGAUGACAAGGUGUAUUCUUCCAAAUUGAGUGCCAAGGUUUAUCGGAAAAAGUAUGGACAUGAUCCCAGCGGGGAGCUGGACGAUGAAGAUGUCGAUAUGGAAGAUGACGUGCCUCCUAUGCGACGCAAGAAGUUGACAUACUACGAGCUUGAUUUGGGCCUUAAUCAUGUGGUUCGUAAAUGGACUGAUCGCAUUGACUCUACUGCCAAUAUUCUGGUUCAAGUACCAGGUGGUAAUGACGGUCCUUCCGGUGUGUUGGUAGCGUCGGAUAAUACAAUCACUUACAAGCAUUUGAAUAAUCCCAGUCAUACAGUUCCUAUUCCCAAAAGGAGGAGGAAGAAUUACGAAAUACCUGCGGUAAAAGAUGAGACGAAUGGUCACACUUCAUCCGAAUUUUCAGAUCCUGAUUAUGAAUCACCUGUUUAUAUUGUUUCUGCUCUUGUUCACAAAAUGAGAGGUGCUUUCUUCUUUCUUCUACAAUCCAACUACGGCGAUGUUUAUAAACUAUGGCUUGACCACGAUGGUCAGUCUGUUCAAAAGAUGUAUAUUAAAUAUUUCGACACAAUUCCUUUAACAGUGUCGUUAAAUAUUCUGAAAUCAGGUUUCCUGUUUAGUGCUUCUGAAAGUGGAGACCAUUUAUUCUAUCAGUUCGAAAAAUUAGGUGAUAAUGAUGAUGAGACUGAAUUUACUUCCGUUGAUGAGUAUAAACUGAAAGAUAUCGUAUUCACUCCGAAACCGUUAGAUAACAUUCAGCUCGUUGACAGAAUAACAGCAUUAAAUCCACUACUUCAGACUCAGGUGGCUAACUUAACUGGUGAUGAUGCUCCUCAGAUUUAUACAAUCACGGGCCAAAGCAAUCAUUCAUCUCUCCGUAAGUUGGAACACGGCCUUUUGGUUAAUGAGAUUGUAUCUACAGAACUUCCUGCUGCUCCAAUAGGACUUUGGACCACCAAAGUUACAAGCGACGAUGAGUUUGACAAAUAUAUUGUGCUCUCAUUUUCAAACGAAACACUGGUGCUAUCCAUUGGUGCUAGUGUUGAAGAAGUUAAUGACUCUGCAUUCCUGACCUCAAUAUCAACAAUACUUGUUCAGCAGCUGGGCCGUGAUUCUUUGCUCCAAGUUCAUUCUCGAGGUGUUCGUCAUAUCACUGCAAACAAAGAAGUCAACGAAUGGGAGCCUCCAGUGGGAACGAGCAUUCUGUGUGCCUCAAGUAACAAUUCUCAAGUUGCUGUGGGAUUAUCCUCUAAUGAGAUUGUUUAUUUCGAAGUCGACGAGGAGGGCAAUCUUAACGAGUAUGAAGACCACAAAGAGCUGUCCGAAUCUCCCAUAUCCAUUGCCAUUGGUGAUAUCCCAGCUGGCCGUGUACGCAGUCCGUUUUUAGCUGUCGGAACAGUGGAUUCAACUAUCAGAAUCCUGUCCCUCGAUCUGGACACAACACUAGACACGUUAAGUGUGCAAGCGUUGUCAGCAAACCCAAGCAGCAUCAGAAUCAUGAAUAUGGAUGAUACCGGGUUUGUAUAUUUGCAUAUUGGUUUGGAAAAUGGUGUUUAUAUUAUGUCGAUUCUUGAUUCCGUCACUGGGGAACUAUCGGAUACCCGUACUAGGUUCCUUGGUCCUCGUCGGGUGCAGCUUUUCAAGGGCAAGACUAGUGGUGUUCUGGAUGCCAAUGGUGAAUAUCAAGGAUCGGAUGAAAUUGUUUUAGCGCUUUCUACGAAACCAUGGAUUGGAUAUACCCGAAAUUUAUCAUUUGACAUGGUUCCACUCUCUUAUGUACCAUUAUCAUACGCAUCUGGCUUCUCGAGUCAAGACUGCCCUCAAGGAAUUGUCUCGGUGGGUGGCAACAUGCUGCGUAUUUUCACAAUUGAUUCAGUAGAGGAAAAAAUUAAUCAAGCAAAAACCGACUUAAAAUACACCCCAAGACGAAUGGCAGAAAACUCGUUUUCGAACAAUUUCUACGUCAUUGAAACUGAAAAUAACACUGUCCCCGAUGUAUAUGAUCAGGUUCCUGUGGACGGUGUAUACAACAAGCGAGACUCUCAAUGGGCGUCUUCUAUUUCUGUUAUUGACCCUCUUUCACAAUCCGUACUGUCGAGAAUUCACUUGGAGGAAAAUGAAGCUGCAUUUAGCAUCGCCAAUUGUAGAUUUGAAAGCCAUGAUGCUGAAUACUUGAUUGUAGGUACUGCAAAAGAUCAAAUCAUGCUACCCCAGUCAAAUUCGGGGUCGUUUAUCAGAGUAUAUGAAUACGUUGAUAAUGGUCUAAAAUUUUUACACAAGACAGCUGUAGAAUCGGUGCCCAUUGCAUUACUAGAAUUCCAGGGUCGUCUCGUUGCUGGAAUAGGCGGUAAACUGCGAAUCUACGAUCUCGGUCUCAAACAGCUGCUUCGUAAAUGCGAGGAAGAUCUUGGUCUUAAUAAUAUAAUGACGUUGAAUACUCAAGGUAACCGUAUAGUUGUCGGUGAUAUUCGCAGCUCAUUAACUUUCGUUGUGUACAAAGAAAAGGAAAACCGCUUGAUACCUUUUGCCGACGACCCAGUUGCACGACACAUUACUUGUGCUGUUAUGCUUGACUAUGAUACAGUUGCUGCUGGCGAUAGAUUCGGCAAUAUUUUCGUAUUGCAGUGUCCCAAAACUAUAUCAGAUGCUUCCGAUGAAGACGGUUAUGGCACGUUCAUAAGAUCGCAGGGUCAUUUCCUUAAUGGACAAGCAAGUAAACUGGAGUUAGUAACGCAUUACUAUCUCGAAGAUAUUCCGACUUCACUUCAAAGGGCUAGCUUGGUGUCUGGUGGAAAUGAGUGCAUUAUUUGCUCAGGUUUGCAAGGAACCAUUGCUGCUUUUGUUCCUUUAACAUCGAAACAGGAUGUGAAGUUUUUUGCGCAGCUUGAAAACCUUCUUCGUGAGAAUGAUGUCCCAAUUGCUGGCCGCGAUCAUAUGAUGUAUCGUAGCUACUAUGCACCCGUAAAAUCUACUUUUGAUGGUGACCUCUGCGAACGUUUUGCUACUCUUAGUCAUGAUAAGCAGGAGCAAAUUGCCGCUAGUUUAGAUCGAACAGUACGAGAAAUUGAGAGAAAGGUCGCUGAUGUAAGAGUAAGAGCUGCCUUUUAA